ACUACUACUACUACUACUACUACCACCACCACUGUUACAACGAAUCCUAUGAAUAGUACUACUAGUAGUAUGAUUAGUAAUAGUAAUAGUAAUUCACAAACUGGUGUUUAUUAUGAUGGUUUACGUGUAUUAUCUUCAAAUCAUUUUGAGAUAACACUUUAUUUAAAUCAAAUGGGUGUAUUUAAUUUUAUGGAUGAUGGUAGUAUACCAGGUGGUGCUGUAUUAAAAUUAUCCGAUGGUCGUAAACGUUCUAUGUCAUUAUGGGUUGAAUUUAUUACAGCAUCAGGUUAUUUAUCAGCUAGAAAAAUACGUGCAAGAUUUCAUAGUUUAAUUGGACAAGCCAUACAAAAAUCAACCUAUCGUCAUAAUAUACGUAUGUUAAAUCAUACAAGUGAAGUGAAAUUAUGUAUAUAUGAUAAAUAUAUAUUACAAAUUACACCAGCAUUUCGUUGUAAUGGUUUAUGGCCUAGAUCAGCUAGUCAUUGGCCUAUGAAUAAUCAUAUUUAUAAUGAAUUAAAUACUACUAUAAAUACUACUAAUAAUACUACUAAUAAUAUAAUCAAAUGGCCAUCAAAUCAAUUAAUUAAUGAAGUAAAAUAUGAAGGAUUUUGUUUAUUAAGUCAAGAAUCAGUUUAUACAAAAGAUAAACAAGCAACAGCUGAAGGUGAUGCAUGGUUAUUAGAUUUUUAUAAUGCUGAAGAACGUUUAUUAUUAAAUCAUACAAUACGUAGACAAUGUUUUAGUAUAUUAAAAACAUUAGCUGAUCGACAUUUAACUGGUAUAAAUGAUCAAAUCAAUUUUAAACAUUCUAAAUCAACUUUAUCAACAUCAACAUCGUCGACAUCAUCAUUAUCAUCAUCAUCGUCGACAGUUCACAUGAUGAAUUCAGUUAUUCAAGAAUAUGAUAUUAAAACACUUGUUUUACAUGAAUGUGAAAAACAUCCAAAUGAUGAUGAUUGGACACAAUAUACAUUAGGUGAUCGUAUUAAUAGUAUAUUAUUACAAUUAAUAUCAUGUUUACAACAUCGUCGUUGUCCACAUUAUUUUUUACCAAAUUUAGAUAUAUUUCGAGGAUAUUCUACAUUAGGAAUGGAUAUUACAGCAAAACAAGCAUGGAGAUUAUUAAGAGAAUUAUUAACAUGUCCACAAGCACUUGAAUAUCUUUAAUUUUUAAGAAAAAAAAAAUUGGCGGGGCGGGGGGAGGGUGCGAAGAAACUAACAUGAUCAAUAUUCAACAAUCAUAUGGAAACAUAUAAUACAAGAAAAUUUGAAGACAAUUUUUGUGUAAAGUGAUUAAUCUUUUUAUCUCUUAUCAUGUUAAUUACUUACUUAAUUACAUACGCCUGUUAAUCCUUAUGGAGCAAUAGACUGCCGAUCAGUAUUCUCCAAUCCAUUCUGUCCUCGGACUUUCUUUCUAGUUCUAUUUAAUUGCUUUGUCAUUCUUCUCAUGUCUAUCUCUAUUUCUUGAUGUAAUAUAAUCUUUGAUCCUCCUCUCCUCCUUUGGCCAUAAGGAUUCUAGGUGAAGGCAUGCUUUGUGACACAAUUAGGUGCUUUUCUCAAUGUUUUUCCUAUUCACUUCCAACGUUUCUUCGUGAUUUCUUCCUCUACUGGAAUCUGGUUUGUUCUCUACCACAGUAAAUUGUUAUUUAUAGUGUCUGGCCAACGGAGUCGAAGUAUUUUUUCACAGACAACUGUUGAUAGAUACUUGUAUCUUGUGGAUGAUGGAUUUCAUAGUUUUCCAAGUUUAUGUCUCAUAAAGUAGAAUCUUUUCAUGUACACAUACAUAUAUACACUUUAACAUUGAUCAUAUUUGAAUGUGUAAUCUUGAAUAGUUAUUUAUAAUAAUGAUGAAACUAUUUGUUUAAAUUGUAUACUUUUAACUAAAAAAUCUUGUUGCAUUUUUUUAAAUGAAUAUAAGAUCUAUCUGUAUA